AACGUUCCCUAGGCAAAAGCCGGCUCAUUACUCUCUCUAAUCUCUAUCUUUAUAAAAAUAUUUUUAUUUAUUUUUCUGUCUUUUUUCUCUCUCUAUCUUCUCCGUGCUUGUGUUUGUAGGAUUCCCACCUAUUUUCUCCCAAACACAAAGCACUAAAGAGAAAGAAAGAAGGAAAGAAAGAAAGCGAGAGAAAAGAAAAUUCUAGAGAGAGAGAUAAAAUCAAUCUCAAAGCUCUACCGUCGGAAAAUGCCUACACUCUCCGGCGGCAACACCGCAGAAAUGCUUUAAUUAGUCCAACAGAAUCUGACCUCGAGAACGUGUUCUUGUCUAUGUGUGUUUAUGAGAACAGGAAAAUGUACGAAGCAAUAUUGCUCGAGCAACCAAACGACGCAGUUUGUAACAUUAAGAAGAAAAAAUCAGAAGAGGAUAAUACUAAGUGUACUGACCUCAAACCAGCUGUACCGUCCAUUCCCGUAGUCGGCCGUAGUCGAUCCCAAGCCACCACUCGGAGAGUUACACCUACUACUCUAACUAACGCCGUGAUUAGCGGCGAGACGAGCUCCACGAGUGGAACCGGAACCACUGGAACAGUAAUCGAGAAGCCUCUACCUAACGGGGAUCUAUACAUCGGGAGUUUUUCCGGAAACGCGCCUCACGGAUCGGGCAAGUAUUUGUGGGCCGACGGGUGCAUGUACGAAGGCGAGUGGCGAAGAGGUAAAGCGUCAGGUAAAGGCAAGUUCUCAUGGCCUUCGGGUGCUACUUUUGAAGGCGAAUUCAAGUCGGGUCGGAUGGAAGGAUUCGGUACCUUCACCGGAUCCGACGGAGACACUUACCGUGGUUCGUGGAGUUCUGACCGCAAACAUGGCUACGGCGAGAAACGUUAUGCUAACGGCGACUUUUAUGAAGGAUGGUGGAAGAAGAAUCUUCAAGAUGGGCAGGGGCGUUAUGUCUGGAGGAACGGAAAUGAAUAUAUUGGGGAGUGGAAAAAUGGUGUGAUUUCCGGGAGAGGAACUUUGAUCUGGUCUAACGGAAAUAAAUAUGACGGACAGUGGGAAAAUGGCGUCCCCAAAGGUAACGGAGUUUUCACUUGGCCCGACGGCAGUUGUUACGUUGGAACUUGUAAUAUGAAUAGCAAAGAUGUUAAGUUACAGCAGUUAAACGGCACGUUUUAUCACGGCAACAAUGGGAAGGAACAAAAUCUAAUGGUGACUUCUUCUAGGAAGAGAUCUUCCGUGGACGGAGCUCGAGGCAGCUCGACGGAGAAGAACAUGAUUUUCCCAAGGAUUUGUAUUUGGGAAUCAGAUGGCGAAGCUGGAGAUAUCACAUGUGAUAUUAUUGAUAAUGUGGAGGCAUCUAUGAUAUACGGAGAAGGAUUAGGGUUUGAUCGAGAUUCAAUAAGACAGUUCAGGAAGGGUCCCUGUUGUUUUAGUGGGGAAGUGAAGAAACCAGGCCAAACCAUUUCAAAAGGCCACAAGAAUUACGAAUUGAUGCUUAAUUUGCAACUGGGGAUUAGAUAUUCUGUUGGAAAACAUGCUUCGAUAUUGCGAGACCUGAAGCCGAAUGAUUUUGAUCCAAAGGAGAAGUUCUGGACGAGGUUUCCAGCUGAGGGCUCCAAGCUUACACCGCCCCAUCAGUCGAUUGAGUUUCGGUGGAAGGACUAUUGUCCCAUGGUGUUCAGGCGUUUGAGGGAGCUUUUCCAAGUGGAUCCUGCUAAUUACAUGCUAGCUAUUUGCGGAGAUGAUGCUCUAAGGGAGCUUUCUUCUCCUGGGAAGAGUGGAAGCUUCUUUUAUGUUACACAGGAUGAUAGAUUUAUGAUAAAGACUGUAAAGAAAUCUGAAGUAAAGGUGCUUAUUAGGAUGCUUCCAAGUUAUUACCAGCAUGUGUGUCGGUAUGAGAAUUCUCUUGUAACUAAAUUCUAUGGCGUGCAUUGUGUUAAACCUAUUGGUGGACAGAAGACACGAUUCAUUGUUAUGGGCAAUUUGUUUUGCUCGGAGUAUCGAAUCCAUAGACGAUUUGACCUAAAAGGAUCAUCACACGGGCGCACAACAGAUAAGCCUGAAGGGGAGAUUGAUGAAACAACCACCCUGAAGGACUUGGAUCUCAAUUUUGUGUUUCGCCUUCAACGAAAUUGGUACCAGGAGCUUAUCAAACAAAUUGAAAGAGAUUGUGAGUUCUUGGAGGCCGAGAGGAUCAUGGAUUACAGUCUUUUGGUUGGUCUUCACUUCCGUGACAACACUACGGGUGACAAAAUGGGGUUGUCACCGUUUGUUUUGCGCACUGGAAAUAGGGAUUCUUAUCAGAGUGAAAAGUUCAUGCGUGGCUGUCGCUUCCUUGAAGCAGAGUUACAAGACAUGGAUCGUAUUUUAUCUGGCCAGAAACCCUUGAUCAGGUUAGGAGCAAAUAUGCCUGCAAGAGCAGAGAGGAUGGCUAGAAGGAGUGACUUUGAUCAGUACACCCAAGGUGGAGUUAGUCAUUUGACCCCUUCACACAGUGGGGAGAUCUAUGAAGUGGUCCUAUACUUUGGCAUUAUUGAUAUAUUACAGGACUACGACAUCAGCAAGAAGCUAGAGCAUGCAUAUAAAUCCUUACAAGUUGACCCUGCUUCAAUAUCAGCUGUAGACCCCAAACUUUACUCAAAGAGGUUUCGGGAUUUCAUCGGGAGAAUCUUCAUUGAAGACAGGUAGCAUUCAGUUUUGAAAAUAAGGAUCACUUUGGAUUAAGAAAAUUGGCCAAUACAAAGAUCUUGACUGCACCCUUGUAGAGAAAGUUGCUGGGAAUUAUGCUGUUCCUGGUUUUGGGUUGAACAGAUGUUUUGUGGGCCAGACAUCUAACCACUGCAAGUGUGGUUUGAGAGCUUGGCAGUGGCGGUUUUUGGUGGGUUGAUGGCUGAAUUUUGAGGAUCAGCCAUAACUCUUGAUGGGGCUGGUGCUUGUACAUUCCGGGGGGAGGGCAAUUUGAAUCUUGAUUUCCUUUUUUUUUUUAUAUAUUUUUUUUUG